UCUCCAGUGGUCCAGGACGAACGUCAGCGCUCGGUGCAGGAGGAGCGCCAGAGGAACAGGGACCGGGACGGGGAGGUGGAGUCCACCAGCGCGGUGAACGAGGAGAUGCCGGUGGAGAAGAUCCUGGAGGCGGAGAUGGCCGUGGAGCAGAAGACAGAGCUGCACUCCGACGGGAGCUCCGGGGCCAACUCUCCCAAUGACCCAGUGACCAACAUCUGCCAGGCUGCGGACAAGCAGCUGUUCACACUGGUGGAGUGGGCCAAGCGCAUCCCACACUUCCACGAGCUGGCCCUGGACGACCAGGUCAUCCUGCUGAGGGCGGUACACGUGUGA